AAGACAACCUGUUUCUGGUUCCACUUCUUAUACCAUUGCUACCAACAUAACCCCAACAACGUUAAACUCAGAACCCACACGCAAUCGCAACACAACACAACCUAAGCCACCAUGUCCAAACAGACUUACAGUGUGUGCUUCUGUUGGCGCCGCCGGUUCAAACUGGCCCUGUCGGAGGCUCCACCGGAGAUCAAGAACCUUUUCGAACAGUACUCUGAGAAUGAGUUGAUGACUGCUUCUCACCUUCGAAGGUUCUUAGUUGAAGUGCAGAGACAAGAGAAGGCCACUGAAGAGGAAGCACAAGCCAUCAUCGAUAGCUCCAAGCAUUUCCAUCGUAGAGGUGCUGGCUUAAAUCUCGAAUCUUUCUUCAAGUACCUCUUCAGUGACAGUAACCCACCUCUCCCACCUUCUCUUGGGGUGCACCAGGAUAUGACUUUACCCUUAUCACAUUAUUUCAUAUACACUGGCCAUAAUUCCUAUCUAACUGGGAAUCAGCUCAGCAGCGACUGCAGUGAUGUCCCUAUUAUAAAUGCACUGAAGAGAGGUGUGAGGGUGAUUGAAUUGGACAUAUGGCCUAAUGCAUCAAAGGAUAAUAUAGAUGUUCUUCACGGAAGGACAUUGACAACUCCUGUAGAGCUCAUUAGAUGUUUGAGGUCUAUUAAGGAACAUGCCUUUGUGACAUCAGAAUAUCCAGUUGUAAUAACCCUAGAAGACCAUCUUACUCCUGAUCUUCAGGCUAAAGUGGCUGGGAUGGUUACUCAAACAUUUGGAGACAUACUAUUUACUCCUAGCUCAGAAAGCUUGAAGGAAUUCCAUUCUCCUGAAUCGCUUAAAAAGAGGAUUAUUAUAUCAACCAAACCACCUAAAGAGUACCUUGAGACGAAAGAAAAGGAAAAAGGGGAUGAGUCACAGCAGGGAAAGGCAACAAGCGAGGAUGAAGCUUGGGGGAAGGAAGUCCCAAGCUUAAAAGGUGGUACUAUGGCUGAUUACAAGGAUAACAGUACGGAGGAGGAUCUUAAUGAUGAGGAAGAGUUUGAUGAAUCUGAUAAGUCACAUCAUAAUGAAGCUUCUGAAUAUAGAUCUCUAAUUGCCAUUCAUGCUGGAAAGCCCAAAGGUGGAUUAGCAGAAUGCCUCAAAGUGGAUCCUGAUAAAGUGAGACGUCUAAGUUUAAGUGAGCAACAACUUGAAAAGGCUGCUAUAAAUCAUGCAAAAGAUAUUGUCAGGUUUACUCAGCGGAAUAUACUGAGGGUGUACCCAAAAGGUACUCGCAUUGACUCAUCCAACUAUAACCCAUUAAUUGGGUGGAUGCAUGGAGCUCAGAUGGUUGCAUUUAACAUGCAGGGAUAUGGGAGAUCACUUUGGUUGAUGCAUGGAAUGUUCAGAGCCAAUGGAGGGUGUGGUUAUGUUAAAAAACCAGAUUUUCUAUUAAAGACUGGUCCGAAUAAUGAGGUUUUCGAUCCUAAAGUCAAGUUACCCGUGAAGACUACUUUGAAGGUGACUGUGUACAUGGGAGAAGGAUGGUAUUAUGAUUUCAAGCAUACACACUUUGAUCAGUACUCACCACCAGACUUCUACACGAGAGUGGGAAUUGCUGGAGUCCCCAGUGAUACUAUAAUGAAGAAAACUAAACCAAUAGAGGAUAACUGGUCACCUACAUGGAAUGAGGUAUAUGAGUUCCCACUUACUGUUCCAGAAUUGGCCUUGCUUCGCAUAGAAGUUCAUGAGUAUGACAUGUCUGAAAAGGAUGAUUUUGGUGGACAAACAUGUUUACCUGUUUGGGAGCUAAGAAGUGGCAUUCGAGCAAUUCCACUGCAUAGCCAAAAGGGAGAGAAAUACAACACUGUGAAGCUUCUUAUGCGCUUUGAAUUUUGUUGAUUCUGUGCAUCCUUCUACUCUACAUUAUGUACAGUCAUUAAUAUGUGUUAAUAAGAGUGUGUAUGUACUAUGUAGUAGUUAAAGAUGGUAUCGUGAAUGAUGUCCAUUGAGAAUAAUGUGUGUUUUGUCUUUCUUGAGGAUGUAUUUGUGUUGUAAGGCUUAUCAAUAUGUACUUAUAUGUCCCUGUG